AUGAACAACCUGGCGGAUAGAAUUGCCCAGCUCUGCUGUGAAAAAUAUAAUAGUUUUGGAAAAACAGGAAAACCACAAGAUACAGAGUGGACAGUUCUAGCUGGAAUUGUUUUGAAAGAUGCACAAGAAUCUUUGUCAGUUGUAUCGCUGGCUACUGGCACAAAGUGUUUAAGCGGUACUGAGUUAUUAGAUACAAAACAAUGGGAAAUCGGAAGUAGGUUGAGCGAUUCACAUGCUGAGGUCCUAGCCCGGCGAGCGUUUCUACGCUACUUAUACCAUCAAUUAAAUUUGAGGUUGAAUGACAAUAAUAGCGAUAUUUUCGAAUUGGAUGCAAAUAAAACAAUCUGUCUACGGAAUAAUAUUUCACUUCACUAUUAUUGUAGUCAAACUCCUUGUGGGGAUUGUUCGAUAUUUCCUAAGAUAGUUGAGAAUUGUGUGUUCGGCGUCAACGCUUCUGCACGAAAAAGAAAGCUUCAUGCACACGACGAUAUGGAAGUAAAAAGAGCCGUUCUUCAGGAAGAUUAUCAGUGUGACGAGUACGACGUGCAUCGAACAGGUGCAAAAUGUGUGGAAAUCGACAAACAAGAUUCUCGCCUGCCGGGUAUUAAUUAUCACCUUCUUGGACCCAUAAGAACAAAACCAGGACGGGGUGAUCGAACGCUGAGUUUAUCCUGUUCCGACAAAAUUGCUAAAUGGAAUAUUAUUGGUAUACAAGGGGCUCUUUUAUCCAGACUAAUCCCACCUGUAAUAAUCGACAGUUUUUGUAUUGGAGGGCAAUCUCCAUUUUCUCUAGAAGCUAUGCAACGUGGUAUAUGUGAAAGGUUUGCCACUGGAAGAUGUCCAGUUUUCAUGCAAUCGGAACAAAGUUUCGUCCACAGAAAAGGAGAUAACAGGGCUCGGCCUUGCCCCUCUAGCAUAAUAUGGUGUGCAGUACCCGAAAGACAAUUGGAGAUAUCUGUGGAUGGUCGAAAGCAAGGCGCAACGAAGAAGAAAAAAAGAGGAAAUUACUUAUUAAUCAGCAAGCAAGAACUUUUCAGAACAUUCCUCGUAACUGUUGACAAAUUCAAUAGAACAACAGCCAGUGAACAAAAUCACCCGAAGAAAAUCACAUACUAUCAUGCAAAGCAAAGCUCUGCAACUUAUCAACAAUCUUGGCGAUCGUUAAAGUUACAAAGUUUUCGGGCAUGGCCUGCGAAGCCAUUGUACCUUCAAGACUUUGUAUUAGUAUAAUCUGGUGUAGCAUUUUGACAAUUUUACAGGUUUCAGAUUGUAGUAAAUCAGUCUGACAGAUUCGGGUGUAAAUGUAUCAAGACCUCUGUUUAAAUGUUUGGGCUUUAUUUUAGUAAAUAAAAAUUACUCACACUUAAGAGCUACAUGA